UCAAAAUGGCGUCUUGUUAUUUAUAAAAUUAAUUUUAUAACAUAAAAAGAUAUGGACGAACUCGGUAGCAGUUCACAGGAUUUUCCUGACGAUAUUGCUGUUCUCAAAGCCACUAUUGAAGAGUCGAGGCGAAGAGAGCAACAGCUUCUACGAAGUAAGGAGCAGAGCGAAAUUGAAUUUGGUCAAAGGAGAGCAAAAUUUAAAGAACUCUAUAUGGCAAGAGAAGAGGAACUUGUAAAAGAAAAGGCAAAGCUUCAGGCAACACAGGAAGAAGCAAGGAAGCUUAGAAAUGAACUUCAGAAAGUUUUAGCAGAGGGUGAUGGAUAUAGGGCCGCUGCAGUUUUGGCAGAGAAAUCUCAGAAAGAGGAACUAGAGAGAUUACGUGCAAAUUACCGAGAGGAGAUUGCAUCUUUACAACACAUCAUGUCUGAGGCUGUACAUGAGGCCAAGGAACGUUCUGCAGAACAAUUUGAAAUAGAAAAGCACAAUCUUUUGGCCAGAAAUAAAAAAUUAGAAAAUGAAUUAACAAAUCUCAAGUCUCUCCUUUCAUCUGAAGAAGAGAGUAGCAACAGACCGAGAAUGCUGUCAGGGAUCUCUGAUGCAGUGGUUAAUGUCAUAAAAAGGAACACUACAGCGAGUGGUAAUUCUAUUGUGGAAGAUGGGGCUGUAUCACCUGAUGGAAAAUCAUUAGAGAAAAGCAUGGAAAAGGCACAAGAGGAUGCAGAAGCCUGGAGAUCAAUUGUUAUGCCUUUAGAGGAGGAAUUAUCCUUCACGAAGGCAAAACUAAAAGAUUUACAAGAAAAGUUACAAAUUGCAGAAGCCAAGAUUAAGGAAGGAGAAAAUAAAAAAAAUGAUAAAAAAUCAGAUGGUGGAGAAACUUUCUCAAAGGAAAAAUUUGAAGAGCUACAAGAAAAGGUAAAAGAAGUUAAUCAAUACCUGGAGGCUGAGAGGUCAUCACGCACAGAUCUGGAGAUGUAUGUGGCUGUCUUGAACACUCAAAAGGGUGUUUUGCAAGAAGACUCUGAGAAAUUAAGAAAAGAGCUUCACAAUGUCUGUAGAUUGCUAGAGCAAGAAAAAAUGUCACACAAUGAUUUAAAGCAGACGUGGGAGAUGGCAAAUGUACAGUUUGUGGAGAAUCUCAAGGUACAGAGUGAAGCUUUCACCAGAGUGUGGAAUGUCCUGACACCUGAUCAGCGAGCUGCUGUUCAGUUAAAACAGGGACAACAACAGGAAGGGCAGCAGGAACCAAAUCGCCAACCACAAGUUGGCCAUCUUAUUGAUCUGCAGAGUCCCCAGACAUCCCCACAGCCAACUAAUGACCAGCCUAGCCUUGUGCCUUUAUCUCCACAAGUGCCUGGAGAAUCUGGGUCAAUGUGGGAUAGCAUUCCUACUGUUCCUUGCACAAAUCAGCUGUCAUCUGAAAUGAAUAAUAUUCCUGGAACAACAAAAGAGGAAGACAGUGAAGUGGGACUAAGGAGGGUACACUCAGCAUCUGAUGUAACAUGGAGUCUGGAGAGUAACAAUUGUGAGGUUUCCAGAGCACAUUCUGUAGAGGAGCUAAAUCCAGAGCUAUCAUCAGGUGCUGUGUCUAACGAACCCCCAUCUGAUGGACCCAGUUCCCUCCCUGGCAGACCUCAGGUAUCCACCAAAGGAUCUGGGGCCAAAGUUGACUGGAAGAAUUUCCAAGAAGCUGUAAAAGUUUCCCAUGAAAGCACCUUGAACAGAUCUUGUGCCAUGUGUGUUAACUAUGAAAAACAACUUCAAAAGAUGCAGGAUGAAAAUCAGAAAUUUCAAAACUUAGCCUCCAAUUUACAAGUGGCACUAGAUCAAGAAAAGAAGGAACUGUUUAAAGAACAAAAGAUGAGAAGUAAGUUGGAGGAGAGUGUGUCAAGUGCUGCAGAGGAUGCACAAAUGCAAAUCAACAAUCACACAAUGACAAACAAUAACUUGGAAAAGUUGAUUGCUGGGCUUAAAGAGAACUUUGAGGCAACUAAACAUGGAGCUCAAACUCAGAUUGCAAAGCUUGUAACCUCAAGGGAUCAACUGAUGCAGGAGCUUUCACGGCUUAGAACAGAAUAUGCUGCACUUCAAGACAAUGCUAUUCAACAACUGACACAUAUGGACUCUGAUGCCAGGCUAGCUGAAAUGCAUGAGCAGUUGAUGCAGAUUAGAGCAGCUUCAGAGGGCACAGAGGAAAAGCUCAGAAGUGAGGUGGCUUUUCUGAAGGAUCGUGUGAUGGCAGAACAAGUUGCCAAGGACAGUCUGGAAGCAAUGCUUCAAGGAGAUGUGGAUCAUACCAGGGCUGAACUUGAGAGGUUAAGAGGAGAGUGUGACAAAGAAAAAAAAGCCAGAGAAGAGGCACAGGCCAGGCUUAACAUGUCAGGUCAGUCCAUAAAGAACAAAGAGGACAAAUCGACACAAGUAAUCAUUGCUCUUAGAGGACAACUGGAUGAAGCUAAUGCAGAAAAAACCAAGGCAGAAGAGGAAAGCAAACAAUUGAGAAACCAAUUACAGGCAAUGACUGAACAACUAAACCAAAGUGAGACUGUUCAGAGAGACUUUGUACGCUUAUCCCAGUCUUUACAGAUGCAAAUUGCUCAAAUUCAUGAAUCAGAAACAGAUGUUCGCUGGCAGUAUCCUGAUGAUAUUAAAGAAUGUACAGAUUGCCAAAAAGUAUUGAAAACAACCAAAGAUAAGCAAAACUGUCAUCAUUGUGGUAAAAUAUUCUGUGAACAGUGUUUGUCCAAGUCUAUAAUGGGAAGUAAAUCAUCCAAGUGGCACCCUGUGUGUGACAGCUGUUAUGUUAUACUAAACAAGGACUCUUCUUCAACAUUCUAUAACACAACCCUGGCUGACAAUCAGAGAUGAGUGUUCAUAAACCCGUUACUUUGGAAGUUCAGAUCUAAUGGCUAAUUGGGAAAAAGAGUAUUAAGAUAUCCCUGCAGUUAUAUUUCGUGUUGAAGAGAAACUUUCAGCUGAUUCUUUACUAUCUGUGAAUUCAUGAAAGAACCUGAAUGGAGGGGUUAGCAGUUUUCUUGCCUCACUUGUAAGUAGGUGAUGUAGCAAAUGCAGGAAAGAAAUAGAAAUAUCUUUAACUAUUUGUAUAAAACCUUGGUCUAAAAUACCAGAUAGUGAUAAAAUUAUUUUACCACAUUUUGUCAGGUGGAUUGAUUCUGCCUUGGCUUAGAGGGUGGCGUUACUUAGAAUUUCAGUUAUUGUUGUUCUUAAAUCAUACAAUCAUGAUUAUUAUCAUGUAGCUAACCUUCAUUAUAUGGAAGCUAUUAUUAAAGGAAACACAAGUUGUUCCCAACAUUAUCAGAACAUUAUAUUUGUUGGUUACACAAAUUCUUGAGUGGGAAGGAACUUCUUUGGGCAGACAUUGUACAAAUAUUCUGCUUGCAUCAAUGAACAUUGUGCUGUUUUCCAUAUUUCAAGUUGGACUUCAUUAUUGUGUGGGUAUUCUGAUAUUCAAUUUUGUACACAUACUUCAACAAAUUCAAUUGUAGAGGUGUAUAAUAUAGAUGGAAUUUACAAUAAAGAAUAAAGAUUCCCCACUCAUUUUUCUUAAUUGAUUGAAUUAAACAUCAAGUAAAAUAUGACUUUUUCAGAUAGUUAUUUGCAGAAUAAAUCUUACUCACUUAGGGAAAGAGUGAGAUAGUUAAGUUAUUGUAUCAUUUUUGAUAUUUCAUAAUGAUAGGAGUGGGGAUAGGAGUGGCAACAGGAGAAAUUAAAAGUAUGUUGUCAGCAUGGAAUUUAAUUUUUCAGGGUGGUGGUGAAGGAGAAAAACAUAGUGCAUAUUCCUUGGCUACCUCUUCAGUUCUUUCUCUUCACUUCUUUAGUUCGUGGUGCCUUUACUAGUUUCUGUAAUCUCUGUUUUAUCUUUAACAUGGAAACACACUUUUGGCAUUUUUCUGUUAUUUGUAAUUUUAUAGUAUGAGUGAUGACACUUGAUGUUUUUUACUAAAUGUUCAACAGGAGAUGGUAUUAAAUAAAGAUCUACUUAAAUUUGU